AUGAAGAAAUGGUACUAUCAUGUGGAGAUGGAGUUGAACAUUGCGGAGGUGGUGUUUGACUUUCCGCAGACGGACUUGAAAGCUGUAGAAAAGAUGGUACUGUUUCCUGUGGCUCUGUAUUUAGCAACAGGGGCAUACUUGUCUCAACUUUCGUUUGACUACUUAAUUGGUGAAUCUACAAUCAGAGAUAUAGUGAAAUCUACUUGUGAGCAAAUAUGGAAUGUACUUCAUUCCCAAUAUAUGCCUGAAAAGACUGAAGAAGAUUGGAUUCAAAUUGCUAAUCAGUUCUAUGAACGUACAAACUUUCCAAACGUCAUAGGAGCGAUAGAUGGGAAACACAUACGAAUCAUUCAACCGCAAAAAUCUGGAACUUCAUUUUUUAACUACAAGAAAUUUUUUUCUUGCGUUUUGAUGGCUUGGACCGAUGCUGACUACAAGUUUGUCCAUAUUGAUGUAGGUUCCUACGGAAGCAGUAGUGAUUCUGAGAUAUUUCAGUCAUCACAGAUGGGCAAGAUGUUAAUUGAAAACAAACUUAACAUUUCCAGUGGAAAACCCUUCCCUAAUGAAGAUAACGGACCUGUCAUGCUGUUUUGCGUUGUCGGUGAUGAAGCAUUUGGUCUUUCAUGUCACAUAUUACGUCCGUACUCUAAGAAAAAUUUGAACUACGCAAAACGUAUAUUUAACUACAGACAUACUCGAGCACGUCGAUUAGUGGAAUGCACGUUCGGCAUUUUGGCAAAUAAGUGGCGUAUAUUUCAUCGUCCUAUAAAUGUCCAUAUAAAUUUUGCCGUUAAGAUUAUAAAGGCAGCAUGUAUUCUACACAACUACGUUCGAUCAAAAGACGGAAUAACUUUUAAGGAUACUUUGUACGAAUGUCCUCUGGAUGGAUAUCAUCACUCAGAAAACAAUAGGGGAAGCAAUAUCACAAACGGUAAUGCGAGAUGUAGCAAACAAGAGUUGCGGAAGAAGUCCAGUUUUGCUGCAGGUACUAUAGCUGUGAUUAUAUCUGUGUAG